AUGCCUCCAAAAACUGGUAUUUCUAUAAAGGGAAAUGAUCAACCCGUGGAAAAAAAACAGGCCAGCCCAGGUCCUGAUGAACUGGAGGCUUAUCAGGAAUACAUAGCUUCCAAAGAGGAAUGCACCCCUGCCAGUCCAGAUCCUGAGGAACUGGAAGCCUAUCAGGCUUACCUGGAUUCCCAAGUGGAAAACAUACCUGGUACAUUUCAUUUUCAUUAUAUGUUUGGAAAUUCUAUCCUGACCUUGAUGCCGCCCUACCGGUGUAUUCAAACAGAAAGACGGUUCUCUAGUGCCGAACCUGAGGAGGUGGAGGCGGUUAUCAAUUUCCUCAAGUCUGAAUUGGGGCCUUCAAUGAUGGAUAUACCGGAGGCACCAUCAGAAUGCGGUAGCUAUGACUCUGUUACAAACCGACGUCGCCCUUUCUGCUAUGCCUACCAUGGCCUUUGGGAAUCCGGUUACUGCAAAUACUGCCAAGACACUCCCGAGGACAGAUUGAUGGAGGAGGCAGAGGAUGACGAAACUAAUGCUCGUGAGGGAUCUCAAGAACAAUGA